GGGUGUGUGAGUGACGCUUGGCUUCUGCAGUCCUAAGCAAGGAGAUUUGCUAGUUUUAUAGAAACUUACAGUAACUUUAGACAAUCCCUAAAGAAAGGCCCGGCGAUAAACUUCUAAUUCUACAGCAGCAUGAAGAUCUUCGCCUGCGUCAUCUUGCUCUUUGUCUCAGCUGUGAGCUGGGAAACAGACCGGACAUUGGAGGGUUCUGUAGGAGGAGCUGUGGACAUCUUGUGUAAAUAUCUUACUGACCCUGAAUCAGUGUUUCUGACGAAAAUGAACCUUAGUAAGAAUGUCACCAUCAUUGAGUCCACACAGAAAGAUCAGACAGUUAUCAGAGGGAGAAUCUCACUGUAUCAUGACUCAGCAAACAGAUUCAUUACUGUGGCCAUAAAAAAUCUGAGCAGAGAGGAUGCUGGGAUUUACAGAUGUGGAACUACUAAUUAUGACGGAAAUCCUAGUUACACAAAAAUCAACCUGAAGGUGAAACAUGCUCCUCCCACCUCCAAAUCUCAACUGACUACAGGAAGUACAUCAGCACACAGCACCCCUACAGGUAAGUGUAGGAAGUACAUCAGCUCACAGCACCCCUACAGGUAGGGGUAGGAAGUACAUCAGCACACAGCACCCCUACAGGUAGGUGUAGGAAGUACAUCAGCACACAGCACCCCUACAGGUAGGUGUAGGAAGUACAUCAGCACACAUCACCCCUA